AUGUACGGCAUGGGGAUGUUAGCCAUUGGCGUCGCUGGUCCCUGCCCAGGCAAGCCGGAGAAUCCAAAUGCCCUCACUUGCUGCUGCAACACGCCGCGAAAAACGCGCAACGCCCUUGGUCUUAGAAACAUUGUCGCAAAACUUCGGAGUCCACGACUGACAAUCGACGGCCAAAGACGAUGGGUCUCCUACGAUAGAUCAAGAAAGUCCCAAGAACAAAUCCUUGAACAAAUAGAAUCGGAAAUUACGAGAAUAAAAGAGAGCAAAUAUAUGAUAGACCCGAAGAAAAAGACGAUCGAGACAGAAUCUGGGGAACUGCCACUAUCGCCAAUUCUCGAUCCAGAAUGGGUCGUUUCAAGGAGACGAUUGCGCAAACUAAAGGCGGGGAAGAUAUCAGGACAAUUUCGCAAGCACCUUUCAAAUAACCCAUACGCUGAGGCAUUGAUGACCCCGAUGAGAUGGUGUAAGAACACGAAUGCAAUUCUACCCAGAUACUUCUUGCAGGACUUCGAUAUUGUUAAGCAUCCGGAUCCUACCCACAGUGAAGUGUGGUAUGCUCCGGGUCCAUUGACUCUCAUGAACGUCAUGCCAUGGAAUGUUCCAAGAUUGGAAGAGGAGAACAAUAGCACCGAUGGACAAACGCAAGAAGUGUGGUCUGGGGAUGAGACCCCUGACACGGCGUUGCAGAGAGAGACAUCCGCCAACGUUGAAGAGUCAUCAGGAGCAAAAGAAACAGAAGAAAUUGAUGAAGAAAUGAGGGAAGAAAUCAGGGAAGACUCCCACCGGUCCGGACGUUUCGUCACUUACGCCCUCUCACGAAAGAGUGUGAUCGACAUGAUUGGGAAAAACAGAAGCCUUCAAGCUAAAAUGGGGGCUCAGCGCAGUGGCAUGGGAACAUACGGCCUCCCUCCUGUUGCAAAAAGAGUCUUCCGACCCGAUAUGGGCAACUUGCUACUCAAGAUGAUGCGACGCCGAGCUGUCGAUGCCCUCAUUGAACGAAGCUCUAGCAGGCGCGAAGGAAAGGAACUCCAUAAAUUCAUCAUGCCGGUUGGGAGUUGGGAGGACGCAGCACGAUCUGUUGCUGGUGGGGCUGUGCUCUACAUACCAACAGAGCCAACAGAAGACAUGAACAAUUAUGCCACUCUUGACGUGGAGAAUGCCAAUUAUGGUAACAAGGUUGCAGUACACGACUUGUUAUUUCUACUUGGAGAGUCAGAGGUCGAGAGAUUAAAGACGGAGGCGGAGGAUUUCCGCGACCAGGAGCUGUUGAUAUUGAAGAACCACAGGAGUGAAAGCGUACGAAGUUUGUUCCUACUUUUUUGGAGGCUUCAAGGAUAUUUGGCAGAGCCGCAGAUAGAGGUUAUUGAGCCAAGGCAAUAUUAG